AUGGGCGAUAAAGGCUUUCAAGGAUCCGAUAAAUUAUAUUUUAAAUUUAUAGUAAUUUCGAGAAAAAACAAUAAUAAUAAUAAUAAUAAUAAUAAUAAUAAUAAUAAAAAUAAUGAUGGUGAUAUAAAUGGAGAAUGUUUUGAACCAGAAUAUUAUGUAAGCGAUGAAAAAGAAUCAGAUGCAAGGUUUAAAUCGAUUAGAAUAAUAAUUGAAAAUGUUUUUGCUCACAUUAAAAAAUAUUCAAUUACCUGUCUCACUUUUAGAUUUAAGAAUAAGAUUGAAUCAACAACUUUAUUGGACUAUCAUCAUAAAAUUUGGUGUGUUGUUGCAUUUUUGGUUAACUUGUAUGUUGAAAUUAGAAAGAAAGAAUAA